AUGUUCGAAAGCAACCCCACUGGAGGAGUGUUUCUCGGCGCCGGAAAAAAGAACAAAGAAAGUCAACUUCUACUACCUGGCUAUGGUCGUUCAUUAGACUAUUCACCCAAAGAGAAGAAUAUCUACGGGGUUGAGAGCCGGAGCAUGUUCCCAUCGGCUUUGGAUGAUCGGGACAUUGAGAGUGGCUAUACAGAGCUACCUGCUCAAACUCUGCGCGAGAUUGCAAUGAUGGGUGUCAUGGAAGACUUGACCGAUAUUCCAGAGUGGUGGAAAAAGAUUCAUGAUGCUCACACAGCGGACAUGUGGAAGGAGAUGGCCUUGAGCUAUGGAGAAGAUAUCACCCUAAACAUGGCAGAGUGGAUCAUUGAUGAGCUAAGAUUUAAAGCUAUGGUCUACGAAAUGAAUCAAGCCGUGGGUUUGUAUAAUGGAGCCAUCACAAAAUCCGACUCAAUCAUGCCCCAGCCGCUCCUCGAGAAAUUGCGGAAAGAAGUCCAUGUACUGGACUAUUGUGAGCCCGAGCUUCAAUUCUACCAUCCGGGUGCCUGGGGAAAGCAACGCGAUCUUUUGGCAAUGGGCCUGUAUCCGCUCGUGUAUGGGAAGACCCGCAUCCUUCCCCAAAAGACUUUAACACUGGACGAAGCUCUUCGAUAUGCUGGUCAGGGCGAGGUGAUUUGCCCCCCUCGAGAGACCGGCAUUACUCGAGAGGAUAUGACCUGGCGAGUAGCUGCAAGGUCAGAUAUUCAAGUGAGGCCUUACAGUCGCCGCUUUCAGAGCUUGCCAGCGGAUUUUGAGCUUGGCGACGAUGAUCGUUGGCACAUCGCCACGUAUAUUAACAACCUGCAUCCAGAGAAGCACCGGCAACUUUACAGCCUCAUAGAGGAUGCCUUCAAUUGCGUAAUUCCCCAGUUUAACAUGGCAAUGACACCUCUCAAGGAUCAACUGCAUUCGCGCGCCAGAAUCGAGUAUCGCAAGGCCGAGUAUCAUCCUGUGUCCAAGAAAGUUCUCGACGAGGAACCGCAAAUCAGGCCCAAGGAGACGCGAAGCGAGUUUGAACAGCGAUGUGAGAAAUGGAGAGCCGAACAUUUCAAAGCUGUCCAGCCUGACGUGGAUACCUUCAUACCCUGGGCCGUACCUCAGAGUCUAGCGAGCAAGCUUCCUGCGGACUUGCCAAGCGCCGUCCGGAUUGAACAUGGAGUGUCUUUGAACGAUGACUAUAGAGAUCGCGGACUCCAAGUCAUUACGAGAAUCAUCAGUGUUGAUCUUAAUCCGCAGGAGCCUUAUUGGCAAUCAGAAUGGCACCUCGAUGGGCAGAUGAACGAACACAUCUGUGCGUCUGCGUACAUUAUGAUCGACAACGACAAUCUGGAGGAUCCUGUCAUUGAGUUUCGCAGUCUCGUUGAGAAGGUCGCACUGGGAGAGGUUGAGCACGAGCCUCACGAUUUUAUCUGGUUGAAGCAAGUAUUCGGCCUCUGCAAUGGUGAACCGGCAAUACAGCGCCCAGGAUCCAUCAAAUGUAAACUAGGUCGCACGGUCAUAUUCCCCAGCACGGUUCAGUAUCGAUUCACGCACUACGAGCUCAAAGACAAGUCCAGAGCUGGGUACUCGCGUGCACUCGUCUUCUUCCUAGUCGAUCCCAAUAUACGAAUCAUUUCCACGGCAAAUUGUCCACCUCAACGGCUCGAUUGGACCCUGGAUAUUAGAGGAGACGACGAGAACACAAAACCGGCAAUGGCGACUAUUGCUUUGAACAACAAGGAUAUUAAAGAUGCCAUGCCCAUGUCGUUGAGUGAAGCUUUGGAGCUACGAUACGAAUUCUUGGAGGAGCUGAUCGAGUUUUCAAAGUACCAGCAGGUCGCGUUCGAAUCGCCAAUUUUGGAGCUUUGA